CUCACUCCCCACUUGCCCGUCAUACUGGUUGGCUCACAGCCCAAACUUCGGAAGUCGAUGGGACCACUCUGAACUAACGCAAAAUGAUCAAUACUCUACUUCUAAUUGCCUGCAUAUGCGUGGAUCUCGCAAUCUUAAUCUAUUUCUUCUACUGGAAUCGUUUCAUUGCUUGGGUAUUGGGUCUGGUAAUUCGGUUGGUUUACUGGAAUCAAGGAGCCUCGAGCCUAUGGCUUGAAAUAGGGUCGAUUCAAUUUUCGCUAUUGAGCGGAAGAAUUCUCCUUAAGGAUGUACGCUACCAUACAAGUAAUCAGACUAUCAAGAUAGUACAGGCGCAAAUACUAUGGCGUUAUUGGAUACGUGGACCCAUGGCGGAGGAUGAUAUUGGGGGGCUUGUGGGGGAAGAAGAAAUUUCUACCACUCGUCGCCCUCCAUGCAGAGUCAGGAUCUUUCUCAAUGGCCUGGAAUGGAUCUUGUAUAACAGAACCACGGCAUACGAUGAUAUACUGGCUCAAAUGGGUUUAAAUGCAACUGUCCCCGGUGAGCCUACGAAGGAACGAAAUGUCUUGCGCAAAUCCGCCACCAAUAUUUCUGUGGUCCCAUCAUCGUUUCUGGCUAGUUCACUGAAGUCUCAUGCUCCCAGGUUCAUCCUACGACUCGGUUCUUGGGUUCAGCAACAACUACCAACCCUUGAUCCCAAGGACCUACUCCCUUUAGCCAUCGAAGUAACGAAAGGUGCGAUCAUAUGCGGGAAUUCGUCAACCCCUAGCCUUCUAGUUGCCGAAUUCCAGCGAGUAAAAGGAACUUUUGGCAUCACGCCGUCCCGUUCUCAAUUUGAUCACUACAAGCAAAUGCUCACCUUGAGCUUCAAUCAUGCUGUCGUUCGCCUGAAGGAAAACAACAACUAUCACGAACCUAUGACUGCCACAGGCGAAGUGGUAAAUGAUUAUUUGAACAAUUCUACGCAACAGGGUUCGCACCAUGUCACAUAUAACGCGUUCAGCAAGCUCUGGAAUCGUCUAAAACUUUAUCGCAAAAUCAACACCUAUUUCAACCGCCAAACUGAAAGUCCUCCCAGAGCGAAGUCGAAAGCUAACCUUGAAGAUACCCCCGUUGGAGCGGAGUUCUGUUCCCUUGAAUAUGCUGUGGAGCGAAAGGUCCUCGAGACACCUACUUUGGAGCUGCUCUACUACGUAGAUGUGGCGGGGGAAGUCCCAUCUCAAGUAAAUGGCACAAUUACUUCGACAACACUUGAUAUUGGAAAUGGUGAUGCGGGACCUGAAUGGGGUAUCGAUCUUGUCGUGGUCGGAGGGACAAUAAGAUAUGGCCCUUGGACUGACAGGCAACGGGCUGAACUUCAACGAGCCUUUUUCCCGUCUACGUACCAAACUGCCGACCCCACCACUCGGUUGCAACCUGGGGACCAACGACUAUGGACAGCCUUCAAGGUAUUCAUCGAGUUUCGGCAAGAGGUCGUUCUGCAUGUCCCUUUUCGAGAAGCGUCAAAGAACUGGCAAUGGGAUGGGUUGACUGACUACCUAAAUCAUCCACGGACGAGAGAGCCGGGCCACCUCCACACCACAGCAGGCGAUCGCUCCACCAUUCGUUACCUCCUGCCGAUGGUGGCGGGUCCCAAUGGAUACGAGCCUAUACUUGAAGUUCAUCUCGAUACGAUGACCUUGACUUCAAGUCUCAACGAUAUUCGAUUAAUUACUUCGGAGACUUGCCGUAUUCACUGUGAAAUGCCCUCUCCGUUGAAGUGGAAUGCAGAACGUUCAUGGCUAAUAUCUGUGUCACUGAGAAGUCCCACAUUGUUCAUACUCCGGGAUCAUAUCAACAUGUUUACUGAUCUAGGAAAAGAUUGGGCGUCCGGUCCUCCGACGCAAUACCACCGUUUUGUUCCUAUGGUUUACCGUAUAGACCUUGAGUUCCACCAGUACGAGCUUAAUCUUUACGCAAACGAUCAGAAUAUAGUAGACCAACCUCUCACGAAGGAAGAGAAUGCUAUUUUGACUUUGUCCGGGAAUCGUCUCAAGACUCGUACCACCGUUCCCUCCAACGUGUUCCGCCCCGAUUAUAGCCAAGUGUCGUUCUCUGUCGAGGUUCCGGAUAUUUUUCUCCGCUUGUCUCUUCCGCGUUGGAACAUCAUGGCUCCUUACGCUCCUAAAGAUGGCAGUAGUCUGGCCAGAAUGGGCUCUUUGACCAUUGAUGGAUCGUAUCUAUAUUAUGCGGACGUGCAUGAAGAAAACAUUGAUCAACUCAAACUCGAAUUCGAAGUUCGCAAUUUGGUGUUCAAGGCCUUGGGAUGGUCUAUCCGUUAUCUCAUGAUCGUGCGAGAAAAUUAUUUCGGGUCGUUUACUCAUUUCUCGACGUUGUAUGAAUAUCUGGAGCGAAGGGAGAGAGGGCUUCCACCCGGUGAUCCAGUAAAUCAAAAAUACCGAUACGGAAAAGCGAACAUGCUGCAUACCGAUUUGAGUGUAGUGGUACAAAAUGGGAAGGUCCUCCUCCCCGCUGGACUUCCAGGACACGAAAUAUCCCGUACUCACGAUGGUGUGGAGUCAUUCUCUAGGCUCGGUCCAACCGUGGUCCUGGGUUUCCCGGAGCUCAAGGUUCACUUGAGAACGCAUGAUCACGGCAUGGAAAUGACACUCAACAUGGAUACUGUAUCCAGUACAUUGGAGCAUGAUCUCCUUGAAAGCAUUCCCCAUUACACGCCGCAACUCGGCAAUAAUAUCCUGAUCAUUGACGGAAUUGAUAUCACGGCAAAUCGAUUAUUCGGCCCGCUACCAAGCAACCUUACUUACGUCUGUAUCUGGGAAAUCCACGUUGGACACGUCAAAUCUUGUUUCACAGCUUCAGAGGGUUCGAUAAUAGCGGCAGCCGGAAAGACCUUUAGCAUCAAUUUCUCAGACGUGUUGAAUGCUCCAGCGUCUGAUUACAUGCCAUCUGCAUACCCAGACCUUACCUUCCUCAAAAUUUCACUGGAAGGUUGUAACAUUGUUUGGAAAGCUGCAGAUGCCACCUUGCACCUCGCCCUCACUUCAGGACUCAAAUUCAAUCAUAAUGACCUUGGUGGUCAGACGUACCGGAAAUUAAGUAGCAUUGUGUUGCCUCAUCUUUCCAUCAAGACGUUUUUGAAAGAAUCAAAUGACAAUGUUUGGCUUGAAGCAAGCAGCAUCGAUUCUGACCUGUAUCUCGACGUUUAUACUUGCCCUGUUGGUUGGCCGGCUGCUGCUGAAAUGCAAGCUGCGUUCGUUGAAGAGCAAGAUCGAGAAACCGGGAGAGCUGCAAGAAUGUUUGAUGUUUUACGGAAACGCGGUGGAAGCUCUAUAGGGCGCACCUCCCACAGAUCAGGACUCUAUCUUCCCCCUCCAACAUUAUCCAAUCACUCUCGAUACCGUUCACGUACUCGUCGUGGUACAAAACUGAGUCGUAUCGACGUAGACAUCUCUGGCAACGAGGGACAGUCAUCGGAUUCGGAACGCGGCCAAACUCUCUCCAAGGAAGGCCUUUCAACUUCUUCGCAGAGAGUACGACGUUCAGAGGUGGUGGAUGCAAACGACAAUAUAAGCUCCGGGGACGAGUCUGACGAUGAAGAUUUGACUGAUCGAUCAGAUAGUGAUUGGCUAGACCGAGACUUUGCGGGCUCAAAAUCUGGUACUUCCCCGUUAGAGGCACUUCGACUUAUUACUAGGCACUACAUUGCUGAACGCGGUUUGGAACCUAGUCUUUGGGAUGUUUCCGGGCCUUUCCGUUGUGUUAGAAACAGCAUACUACCCCCCUUUUCCUAUUUGCCUCCUUCUCAUAAUACCGGAGCGUUACGUAUACCAAGGACUAUUCACGGAAAGGAUUCGAGCACCCUCUAUAGAGUGGAGCAACGUCGUACCUUGGAAGUGAACAUUACGCCCCUAACUCUCUCGGUAUUUUGUGCGCUUGAGGAAGAUGUGGCUGACUCGGUUCUGACUCCAGAGCUCGUGCUCGAUAACGCCAUUGCUAGCUACAUCACUCGGGUUGUUGAUGAGCACAAGUCGGAAGCGUCGAAACGAACCGCUUUGGACAUACAUUUAGAGGCGGCCGUUGUUCGUGUUGUGCUGCACAUAGAUGACUCCAAUCCUAGCGACGAUGUACGAACCAAUGAAACCCUCUCAAACAGAUUCGCCAUUGUGGAAUCAUCCUCUCGCCGGGUCACGCUGUCGGGCAUUAUUUCACACAGCAAGUCGGAAGUUACGGUCAGCGUCGAUCUUACGAAAACCCACAUUUCAUCCUUCCUGUGCAUGGAUGGGCACACACCUUCUACUCCUACCCCUGCUUUAUCAAUUUCUUUCGGUGAAAUUGUCGUAACGACCUCCGAAUUUAGUAUUGGCGUAGGAUGUUCUACCAUCUUUCUGCAGUUGACUCACGCUGCUCCCGAGCUCUUGGUGCUGGCUGGACUCUCCUUGUCUGAUCUUGCUUCCAGAUUGAAGGAAGCCGAUAAGAGAAGAAAGGAAAGAGUUCAUUCUGCUAUUCAUUCUGCACUCUCCAAUAUCAUCAGUUAUUCAGAGAGAGACCUGUUCAUUGAUCGUCUCUCUGCUAUACAACCCUCCUUUCUCGUGCAGGUGGGACUACCACAUCGGCUACGCACAAACACCGUAUUUCGACUCCUGUAUCAUUUACGACAUUGCCUUUGGCAUCUUCGUGAAAAGAGUUCGUCCUUUCGAGUAGCUGGCCACGUCGAAGUACAGGGAUUGAGCGGUCGUAUAAUCCGAGACUCGCUAGAAUCUCGGCUCAAGAGUCUUGAUUCAGAUGCGUUCAAGGAAGCCGAUCUUGAGGUACUUGGCUCCCUAUUCCACUAUGAUGCAGAGCCAACCACGCCAUCGAUACAAACACCCUCGUAUUUUACCAAAUACCUCACUUUCAAAAUCAAGGAUAUGCGCGUUGUCGUCCAGGACCAAUCGAGUAAUGUACCCAGCGAGCUUUUGCUGGAUAACGUCACAUCAUACAUUCGUAUUCGAAUGCUAGACCUCUCGGAUGAUUUGCAGGGGAAUCACUUCACAACUAUCUCACAGACCUCGUUACGUCGCAGAGAAGCCCGAAUGCAAAGGGUAUCUGUUGCAUUCACUUUGGGAGUUAUGCGCCUGACAAUAUAUCCCCAUCUUCUCAACGUCAUGGAGGAAAUAUUACGCGUACAACACUCUCACCAGCGACCUGAUUUCAGACCGCACAAGUUCAAAGCUAUCAGAUUCAAACAGGAUUCAAAGCUUACUGAAACGAUCCAUUUCGACGUCACUUGCUUGUUCCGAGAUCUACUCGUACAAGCUGUUGCCGAAUCAUUGAUAUUUGAAUUUGGUGCUACCACGUUCCAUGUAUCAUCCGCUUUUCUGAUGCAGAGGGAACGCAUUCAAGCCAUGAAUCAUGCGAUCUUUCUAGGCAGUCUAUUCCUUCGUGCACGUUCACCAUCAUGCAGUUCGAAGCGGAGUGAACAUGAUGAGCUUGCAUCCUUGAUAACCUCAGACCUCAGAAUAAGUUCUGUGCUGCAAGAAUCUUUAUCCGGUGGGGACAGGCGGGUUGUAGCUGGCAUUGGUGCGUUUCGGUUCACCGUACCACGGAGUGCACUUCGACUUUAUCGUUUUAUUGAGGAAUGGAGGGAAGAUUUUUUGCCUGGCAUUGAAUCGACUAUGCAGGCACUGUUGGCAGAGCUUGAGCGGCCCCAAAAUAAACCAAAACCACCAGUUCGCCCCACAAGUAGUCAGUAUAAGAUAAAAGUCCAUCUCAAAGAGGCCGGAAUUUAUCUUCGUGUCAUGCACAAUACAUGGCUUUCAUGGGAGGUUUGCGACGCCGUCGGCCACGUGGAGUAUCUUCCCGGAUCACUAGCCGGAUCACCCAAUGAUAAGGCACUAACCUUCGGACUUGAUCUUUCCUCUCAAAUAUUUUGCAUUGCGUCCCGUUCUCCUGAAACCCGCGCAGAAACGGUUUUGAAGUUGAAGCUGCCUUCCCUUUCCUUUUCCGGUCACUAUGAAAAGGAUUGCAUCCACACUAUUGCUCUUAUGCAAUUUCUGGAGUUUAAGAUCAAACCUUCUCAUUGGGACACAUUACUUGGCGUCCAACAGAAAUUCGGGCAAGACUUUAACGAUCUCGUUGCUCUUGUCCAGAAAUCCCGAAUGAAUCACCCCUCUCGAAAUACUCUAAAAGCACAAAACAUCUCUCGACCUUACGCAAUCUUCAUCAAAAUGGAAGGUUUUCGUAUUGGCUUGGAAGGUGUGUCCGCGGUAUUGUACUUGGAAUGUCCCGCUAUAGGCGGGCGGUUCGAAAGCAGCUCAGAGAAAAACUGGUCAAUCGUGGUCUCGGACCUUGCCCUCUCACUCGCACCGAGGGCUGUCAUGGCCUUUCCUAGACAUCAACGUUCAGCAUUUGUGGUCAUAGAUUUCAGGUUCAUAGGUUCAAGCCGGAAACACACAGCAAGCGUACCCGGCAAGGAGUUAAAACUGUCUGUGACAAAAGUUCAUGCCGUCAUGCAGCCAAGUUCAAUAGGUGAAAUUGGAGACUUCAUUGAUCAGUUGCAGACGGAGAUGCUUGAGCGUCGUGAACAACGAUCUCUUGAGCUUGCUGCAUUCAAAAGUAAAGCUCAACAGAUCCUCAAAACAUUCGAGGUCACCCCGUCACCGCAGCUAGAACAAGAAAGUACACAACCGAAAUUACCUUUCUGGCUGAACCAAUAUGUUAUAGAAUUCUCCAUUCGCAGUGUUGGGGUUGCGUUUCCAUUAGCUCACGACCAUGAUAUGAGUUCGACUUCCUCUGGGGAACGGGCAGUCAAGGCCUUUCUAUUUUCGAUCAAGACUAUCAGUUUUGAGACUCACCGCGGCGAGACUGGUCAAGCAAAUAUGAAGAGUCUUUCUUUCCAAUUUAUUUCGACUUUCAAACAGUCCGACCCUCAAAGUUUUUCUGGUGAUAAUCACGAGACGCACAACCGGUUGUUAUAUCCAGAAAUGAACGCUCACGUUCAUUCCUCCGGAUAUCAUCUUUCUCGCCAGAUCUACAUACGUGCUAUCGUGAGCAGCUUUUCCCUUGACCUUGAUUCCACUAUACCCGGAUAUGUAUUUUCUCUAUUCGACGUCUAUCGGCAAGGAAAGGAUAGGGUUGCCAGGCUAUCUGCCAAUACUCCUCGACAAUCGUCUGCCACGAACACAGUGGCUGAAACCAAAGCAUCCGACCUUCCCACGUCCAAUUUCUUCGCGUCUUUCAGUUUUCAUAGUGGUAAAGUGUGCAUGUACAGUGCGGCUGCGAUCGCGAGCUCGAGCGGAAAGCCGUUUUCUGUCAGAUGGGAAGAUGCGCAAAUUAUGGAUCUCGGUGUCGAGGUAUUCAAUCUUCCUCAGGUAUCGGUUUGGGCAGAGUAUCGUGCUUCAAUGCCACAACGUCCAGGCCGUUCACAGCGCGAAGUGGAACCCUCCAUCCUUAUGUUCAAGGGUACGGUUCACUCGAGUCAAAACGUCCUGAGGCCCACUUUGUUGCCCUUCCUGACUGAAUUGAUGGAAUUGGUAGAAAACCGACUGCGGAUUGUUCAGUCACCCUCUGAGUCUCUCCCACUAACUGAGGGCGGGAAGAAUGUCGAGAAUGCAGAGGAUUCAUCCUUUCCUCAGACCCCGUCCUUGGUACAAGUCAGCUUCAGUCUCCGAAUCGACCAGUCGAAAUUAGAACUUAGCUGUCAUCCGGAUGUCAACGUCCUCGCGGGUCUGACCUGGGAGAGUGGAGGGUUCGUUGUAAAUGUUUCCCCCGGCGCCCGACGAGUUACCUUCACCGGGAGUGUGGGAGGUUUAUCGGUGGGACUCAAGCAUGGAUUUCUGAGCGAAGAUUGCGUCAGACUAGAUGCUAGAAACUUGGGUUUCUCUGUCGCAUUCUCGAAGACCAAUGUUGAGGACGGCUAUGUUGUGAGCUCAGUGUCGUUCGUUUUGGACACAGAGUUUCAUGGAGGGGUACGGUUCUCUCGUUUACAAGACAUGCUUUGCUUCAAAGCUGUCUGGUUGGAUCGGAUUCCGGUUUUUAAUGGACAUCAAGAACGCUUAGAGGAUUCGAAUCUCGCCACUCCCUCAGAAAAUGCGGAAUCGUCGGAGUUGACCUCGAAGCAAGUCUUCACAACUGUCCUUCUCAUUAGGAUUCGGCAAAUCAACUUGGAUAUCGACCUGGGCCAGUCUAUCACCAACAUGAAUUUACAUCUCAACGAUGCGGUGCUGCGGACGAAAUUGACGGAAUCGAGCAAUGAACUCUUUCUCUCAGUCACCGAUGUGAAGGUUUCGGGUAAAGGAAAUAUGGCAGGGCGAGCAGAUGUUUCUGAUUUCAUUUUUCAAACUAUCCGUCGAACCAACCACAGCUUGUUUUCGGAGGAGGAACACAAUCGUAUGCUGGAGCUGCGAAUGACAAGCGGUCCUUUGGUGAUCGUCGUUGAAUCAGAAUAUCAACGCUUACUACACUAUCGUGCCGAACCCCUUCAUAUAGAGAUCCUUGAUGAUUGGUCAAUGACAAUGCCUCAGUUACAAGAAGCCAAUCACCCGCUGCAUCUUUCCGUCACUGUUACCAGCCCCGAAGUCUUUGCCGCGGCCACUGUCAAUGCAAUUCCGAAACUCAUGACUUACGUGAACAGGUUCAAGGCGAAUCUUGAAGCUCAAAGAGCAGGCGCCAGCAGGGAGUCAAAAACGUUCAGGAUCUCCCAAUCCCCCAAACCUGACAAUCCAUUGUCAGCAGUUGCUGAAGCUAUGAUACAUUCUGCCCGAACUCGUCUAAAGGAAGCGGACGAUAACCUAUCUUAUGUCAUCCAACAAGACAUGAACCUGCGGCUUGACCUUCUUCAAUUAAUUGUUUUCCCUCGUCAUAUGAGGGAUUCAGAAGUCGCCCAGUUCGUAGGUCGCGAUGUAUCUGGACAUUUAAGCCGACUCGUUGAGUUGACAUCUAUCGCGACAAUGAGAGACAUACACUUGUCGUUCACAUCCAUGAAGAUUUCACGGGUCACUCAGUUGGGAAAUGCGACAGUGCAUUCUGGAGAUGACUUCUUCGACGGCAAGCAGUGGUUAUCAGUCCUCCUGAAAGAUUCGGUGUCAGCAGAUAUCAUUGGGCUACCAUCCAUAAAAAUGCAUAUGAAAAGCGAGGAAACGCAGCAAGAUGGGAGGAGGCAGCUCAAAUACGACUUCGAUAGUCAAUUUAUUCGAGGGCAGGGCGUCCAACAAGACGAGAACAUUUAUAUCACUCUCAACGUUAGCCUUUAUUCUUGGUUGACGGUCCUUCGUAAGACGCUUACGAGGGAGAUGGAACAAGUCAAAACAACAGCCGAUUGGAGGGUUCUUCCAUCCGUCAUCCCAAUACGACUAGACCCAACCAACAUUUUAAACCCUCCCAAGGCUUCGACGUUACCUCCACCCAAUGUUUCGGAUGUGCCUACUGCCUCGACGUCUCCAAAACCGGAACAAAACGAGCCAUCCUCAGGAGGCGACAUACUUCUGUAUCUGCCUGGUUCUCGAAACAUUGAGCGUCUGACUAUGCGACAGUUGGGCGAUGCUACUCCCGACGUUAUGCACCCAUUCUUCAUGAAGAAGGCAGGCUUCAGCUUGGAGGACUCUCUACCGCAAUAUGUCCAUGAAUACGCGACAACACCUCUACAGGAGAUACUGGAGGUUUUAUUGAAGUUAUAUAGCAAACAGUUGCUUUUACCCAAUGAGGCACACUUGUAAUCUAUCCUUCGUGCGCAAGUAUGUGUGACAUAUGAUUUGCAAAAACUACCGUCCAGUAAACACACUAAGGAGGGCGAAACAACCAUAGAGUAACCCAAUAGGAUAUGCGACCAGUAAACGUUGAUCAGACAUUCGAAGAACUGCAACGAAGAUACCCGACGCGGAAUAUGUACACCAUAUAAUAGAGAGUAGAGAAAGAAUGUAACCAAACAUGCCACUUGAUGAUGAUUCAGUCUGCUGGAAUGUCUUGAGAGCGUGCCACUCACUCUAAUGUAACCAUGAUGCUCAGUGCGCCUACCCCCACCAAUGGAAGUAAACAAUACCCCAAAACCGACGCGACCCGAUAAGCAUCAAUGCGUUUUUCGGACAUUAAGUUGAGAAGGAUAUAGAUAGAGAUGGACCCGAAGAGUCCAACACCGUAUAUGUAGCCGAAAUUUGGUUUGCCAGACUUUGAACAACCGUUAGGCGAAGAGUUAUUAUGCCUUUGAUAAAUUGUGACGCACAAAGAGUAGAGAUGUCGCGAAACAGAAGAUGAAAAGGAUAGGUCCAGCUAAAUCUGCGUCAUCCAUUAUACGCUCGUCGACACGACUGAGUGGAUUGAGGACGGUCCUUGACUUCAUACGAAUAUGAGGAAAGUUGAUUCCAAGCUCUGUGAAGAAUAUGGCCUUGAUAUAUUUCUAUUUCUAUUUAAAGUCACUUCCUGGCGUACCUUCCAGUAAAGGCGGCUCUCCUUCUAAUCCUCCAGUACCAAAUGCCGUCCACCAGCCCCCCUGAGGUUGUAUGUUUCCUCCGAAUGCACCCCCCGCUGCAAUGUUUCCCUGAGCUUCGUCUAAACUGGGUCGUGAACCGGGGUAGAAGCCCGCGUCGACUACUGGAGCAACUGGAGAGUAGAAUUGAAGGGGUGCUCCUUGGGAUUGGGUAUAAAAGCCAUUUUGAGAAGAGGAUGAGUUGUAUGAGGUGUCUUGCCACAUAAGUCGAGGGAAGGAAUGCAAAUUGCUGACUAAGCUGUGCAACUCCUUCCACGCCAUGAACGUUACUGAAAGGACCAGGCCACUUCAACGCCUCGCGUUACAUUCUUCGACUACCUGUGCAAGCCAAGCGAAAGCAUACGGUCAAUGUAUAUUGGCAGUGUAUACCGACGUUAGAAAGGAUAUAUGCAAGGAGGAGUUUGCGAAAUUCGGGCAAUGUCUCCGCGAAGCAAUGAAAAGAAAGUGGUGAAUGGUCAAUCCAGAUACCGAUAGAAUCCUCAAGUAAAACGUUUCCUGAUAAAAUAUAUUAGAUACAGAGGUAUUAGUCUAAUCAGCAUCGUCCAACGAUCCUGGAACGUUAUUGCUCUCUCUUCCACCAGCUGU